AUGUGGCGAUAUACUCGUCGAAAACCGGGCGAUGGAAUUGGAACAACUGUAGUGGGGGGAACCUAUUAUAGCUGCAGUGGACUCAAAGGGGAUGUUUGUGGGGAAAUUGCUCUCCCCGAAGGAAUGGAAGAAGCCAGGUCUGGUUAUAGCUCAAUCGGAUACUCUCAGGGGAAAUUGCAUGCUUGGUAUAUGGUUCCUUAUUAUUACCAACUCUCUGUGUGGGUACUUGAGGAUUAUGCUAGUGAAGUGUGGACCCUAAAGCAUACUAUUGAAGUUCCCCAAAUGUUUGGAAGGGAAUAUGCGAGAGAGUAUUGUGACAAAGAGGACAAGACCUUUAUAGAUGAGAUGUUUGCAAUUCAUCCGGAUCGUAAUUUGAUUUUCCUUACUGACUCGAAGGAGGUGAAUCUGUGA